AUGACCACUCGAACUACACCUUCCAAGCGCGACGCUAACACAAUCGCCUCAGAAGUUCUUGAUGCGAUACAGGAACCGACGAUGAAGCGGGUCAAGAAAAAUGGUCGCGUUCACGAAGAUGAAUUCGACACUUCCGACCAGGAGUUGGACGAUGAAGCCCUCUUAGCUGCUACAGAAGAAGCCGAGUCGGCUGCUUCCAAUUACUGCCCAUCCUCUCAACCGGAUCCGUUGUCGUCGCAGCCGGUUCCUGCCACUGCAGCUUCUGCUGAGCCUCCUGUCGCUACUACCACCUCCUCGCCCACCUCAACCCCGCGCUCAUCUUUACGCCAAACUACGCUCUUUCCAUCGAGCAAUGGUACCAAAUCACUUUCUUCAGCUACCACCACUAGCACCACCACUUCUCCACUGCCCAGACUUGAGCCACCAGCAGACAUCUCGGCGGAUCCACUCUGGCUCGAACGUCAGACCAUGUCUCACGAUUGGUUCUCGCUUCUCCAACCCGAGAUGUGCAAGCCGUACUUCUCACAAACACUCAAAUCCUUCCUCGCAGCUGAAGACAAGUCUGGUCGCAAAACCUAUCCUCCGCGUGAGCUCAUCUACUCGUGGUCCCGACUGGUCCCUUCUCCGCAUCAUGUUCGGGUCGUCGUCGUCGGCCAAGACCCGUACCAUGGACCCAACCAAGCGUGCGGUCUGUCCUUUAGCGUCCCCAGAGGUGUGAGAGUGCCUCCUUCGCUCAAGAACAUCUACAAGGAGCUGGCUAGCGAGUAUCCUGGAACCUUUCGACCGCCUGAUCACGGAUGUUUGGACGGAUGGGCAAGGCAGGGCGUGUUGAUGUUGAAUGCCUGUCUCACAGUCUCGGCGGGCGCAGCGAACAGUCACAAUGGCAAAGGAUGGGAGGGGCUCACCAAGCACGUGUUGAAGAAGAUUGCCGACGAAGCGGGCGCAUCGAGCGCCGCAAACACAGCCAACGCCAACGCAGCGGCCAACUCCAAGAUCGCCAGUAUGUUUGCCAAAGUACAGAACAAGUCACUAUCGAAACCCGUGGACAAGUGUGAGUCCACCGAAUCCGCGCAAGCGGUGACAAAUCGAGAUUCCGAGAGUAAAGUCAAGAGCAAAGGCGUCGUGUUUCUGAUUUGGGGCGCUCCCGCCGCAAAGACGCUAGCAGAAGCCGGCGUCACAGAGAAGAAUGCGAACAUUUUGAUCCUCAAAUCGCCCCAUCCAUCGCCCUUGUCGGCACAUCGGGGUUUCUUGGGCAAUGGUCAUUUCAAGAAGGCCAACGAGUGGUUGAAACAGCGGUAUGGAGAGCAGGGUAUGAUUGAUUGGACUAAGCUUUGA